AUGGAUACGCCAAAAGAACAAAUAUUCUACUCUGACCCGGAAAUCCAGUUGAAGCACUCCGACUUGUUUCGCAAAUCAACAAGACUGGAACUGCUGGAGGUUUUGCCUCCGAAAGUGAACAAGCAGGACUUUGGUCGAGCCUUGUCUGCAUUCCGAGACAUUCUCGGGCAUGAUGCGGUGCACACUGGUGCUGCCUUGAUUGACUACAUCGAUCCAUUCGAGCUGUGGGAGGAUUCAGAUCAGCGCCAUGUGCCGAGUGCGGCGAUCUGUCCUCGUUCAGUCAAGGACAUCCAGGGGAUUCUCAAGAUCGCCAAUCAAUAUAAGAUACCGCUAUGGACCAUUUCGCGUGGGAAGAACCUUGGUUACGGCGGGCCAUCCCCACGCCUUUCAGGCUCCGUGGUACUGGACCUCCACAACAUGCAGAAGAUCAUCGAAGUCAAUGACCAACUGGCGUACUGUGUUGUUGAGCCCGGUGUUACUUUCUUCGACUUGUACCACCAUUGUCGGAGACAUAAAUUGAAAGUGUGGCCUAGCGCUCCAUCAUUAGGCUGGGGGAGUGUCACUGGCAAUGCAUUGGAUCGUGGAUUUGGGUACACUAGACACGGCGACCACCACAACCAGAUCUGCGGCAUGGAAGUUGUCUUGCCUAAUGGGGAGCUGAUCCGGACCGGUCAAUUCGCCAUUUCAAAUGCUGCAGCAGCGCAUCUGUCCAAAUCCAACUUCGGGCCGUCAAUCGACGGACUCUUCUUGCAAAGCAACCUGGGAGUGGUCACCAAGAUAGGCCUGUGGAUGACACCACAGCCGCAGGCAUUUAUGUCUUGCUCGUUGGAAGUAGACGAGGACAAGGACAUUGCCACCAUGGUUGACGCAUUGAGCGAGUUAAAAAGGCAAGACGUGAUUCAGAACUCGCCCAUCGUACGCAACAUUGUAGCAUGGUCAAGCUCGGCAGGUCCGCGAAAGAGCUAUUACAAGGGAGCCGGAGCGAUGCCACCAGACGUCCUUAAGCAGGUACAGAAGACGUUAAGGACGGGUUACUGGAUGUGCAAGUUUGCCUUCUACGGCCCCAAGAACCUCGUGGAGGAGCGAUUCAAGGCUACGCAAUCAGUGGUUGAACAGCGCGCCCCGACGGCGAGACUCAAUGGCGACCUCCACGUUGGAAAGAACGGCGAGGGCGUUGAUGCUGCUGCCCUUCCCGCGGCCCAGGGCGGUGGCGGCAUGGCAGGCGUGCCUGACCUGUGGACUCUGGGAGUCUGGAACUACAGGGCCGCUGAUAAUCCGUCCGGCAUUGGAGGACACUGUGACUUUUCGCCCACUCUGCCAGCGAAUGGUCGUGAAGUGGUUGAUUGGUACCUAGCUGCCAAGGCUAUCACGACCGCGGAAGGGUUCGACGCGUAUGUCGGUGGCGCUUUAUACGAGCGGACAUUCGUUAUGAUCCACAUGUUUCUGUACGACAAGACGGACCCCAGUCAUCGCGACAGGCUUGACCGGGUGAUGGAAAAAUUGUUCCAGGAGGCCAAGAGAAGAGGCCUAAGCAAAUAUCGAUCACACCUGAAUCAUAUGGACCGCGUUCAAGACAUGUACGACUUUAACAACUAUGCCUAUCGGAGGUUCGUUGAAAAUCUGAAGGACCAACUCGACACGAAUGGCAUUCUUUCACCAGGAAAGAAUGGUAUUUGGCCAGAGCACUUGAGAGUACUUGGAUAUGGUAAAGAUAAGGACCCAAAAGUCGCGGUCAAACUGUAG